CGCCAGCCAGGAGUAGAAGGUGCACAGGUCCUUCUUGGAUCAUUUGUUGUACCUGAAGAUAAUGAGCCCAUAGUUCCACCAACACAAGGCCCUAGCUCAUCUGGUGUCCGGCUACACCAAGCCAGGACAAUGCUUGAGCGUGCAUCAAAUGUCCUUGAUCAAAUGGAUCGCAGACUUGGCUCAGGAGAGGAAAGAACACCCUCCACAGAAUCAACCUCAGAUAAUGAUCAAGUUAGCAGUCCAGUUCAGGUUGAUGAUGCCAGAGGAGAAAGGGGAGCCAUGGAGACUGAUGCUGUAGAAGAUACACGACCAGUAGCAGGUGAAUCUAUGUCAGAUGAAGGUGUGGCCACAGCUUCUAGCACAGCCACAACACCACCCAGUGAUGAGAUGGAAGCACUGUACUCAGAGAUGGAUGCUCUAAAUAAUAUGGACCCAACUGCAAUGGUCCCAGCAUCCAUGACCCCUCCCAUGAUGGGUGCAAUAAACAGCAGCCUGGCAGGUGGUCUUGCACAGGCUGCUUCAGCAGCCGUAGCUUCAGCCCUGUCCUCUCUGGCACGUGGGGGCUCCAGCAGUGGAAUGUCUGGCUCCACCAACACAGGAACAGCUGGUACUUCCUCCUCCUCCACAUCUACCACAGAGACUUGA